GCCACGGCCACGGCCAUGGCGAGCGGCGGCGCCGGUGCCGCCGCGAACCCGGGCGCGGGGCUGGGCCUGGGCGCGGGCCUCGGGCUGAGCCUGGCCAUGGGCGAGGCGGACGACGAGGCGGCCACGGCCGAGGCGGUGGGUCGCCUGGCCGCGGCGCUGCGGCUGCGGCUGCGGGGCUGGGAGGCGGCGCUGGCGGCGGCGCAGCGGCUGCUGGUGUGGGAGAAGCCGCUGCACAGUCUCAUCACGGCCGCCGCGCUCAACGGCCUCUUCUGGUUGCUGUCAUCGUCCUCCCUCCGGCCCAUCUUUCUGCUCAGCAUGUCACUUUUAGCCUAUUUUCUGCUGGAUCUCUGGCAGCCGCGCUGCUUCUCGGAUGUCUCAGCAUCUUCCCCUGAGGAGCCACACUCAGACAGUGAGGGUGCGGGGUCAGGCGCCCGGCCGCACCUGCUGAGUGUGCCCGAGUUGUGCAGAUACCUGGCUGAGAGCUGGCUCACCUUCCAGAUUCACCUGCAGGAGCUGCUGCAGUACAAGAGGCAGAACCCGGCCCAGUUCUGCGCCCGUGUCUGCUCUGGUUGUGCCGUGCUGGCGGUGCUUGGCCACUAUGUGCCGGGGAUCAUGAUCUCCUACAUCGUCCUGCUGAGCAUCCUUCUGUGGCCCCUGGUGGUCUACCACGAGCUCAUCCAGCGGAUGUACACGCGCCUCGAGCCCCUGCUCAUGCAGCUGGACUACAGCAUGAAGGCCGAGGCCGACGCCCUGCACCACAAACACGACAAGAGAAAGCGACUGGGAAAGACGGCGCCCCCCAGUGGGGAGGAGCCGCUGGCGGAGACUGAGAGCGAGAGCGAGGCGGAGCUGGCCGGCUUCUCCCCAGUGGUGGACGUGAAGAAGACCGCCCUGGCCUUGGCCAUCACCGACUCGGAGCUGUCUGAUGAAGAGGCUUCCAUCUUAGAGAGCGGCGGCUUCUCCGUGUCGCGGGCCACCACCCCACAGCUGACCGACGUCUCGGAGGAUUUGGACCAGCAGAGCCUGCCCAGCGAGCCCGAGGAGGCCCUGAGCCGGGAGCUGGGCGAAGGGGAGGAGCCGGAACUUGCCCCUGCGGGAGACCUGCUGGGCCCCCCUCAGGCCCGCUCCAAGCGCGCCCUGGACUCGGAGGAGGUGGCGGCGGCGGCAGCAGCCCAGGAGACCUUGCUGCGCCUCUCGUCCCCGCUCCACUUUGUGAACACGCACUUCAACGGGGCAGGCACGGCCCCCGGUGGCGCGCAGCUCUCCCCCGGGGUGCCCGUGGCGGUGCUGAGGCCCGAGGCCCCGAGUGAUGACCGUCCUGCUGCACCCAGCACCCUGCCACCCCUCCUCAGCCGGGCCGGAAGUGACCCGGCCACCUCCCCAGCUGUGCUCUCGCCGCCUCCUCCCCAGGACUCGCCCCAGCCUCUGGCUGCCCCUGAGGAAGAGGAGGGGCUCACCACGGAGGACUUCGAGCUGUUGGAUCAGGGGGAGCUGGAGCAGCUGAACGCCGAGCUGGGCCUGGGUUCGGGCCCAGAGCCCGCCCCAGAGCCCCCCGGGGCCGCGGGAUCCACUGUCGCUGUCCCGGCCCCGGCACAGUCAGACCUAGAGGCCCAGGCAGGGGGAGAGCCCUGAGCCGUGGACGGGGGGCUUCCUGGUGAGCGGGUUCCUGCU